UACUCGAUAUUUUAGACACAGCAGGUCAAGAAGAAUAUAGUGCUAUGCGUGAUCAAUAUAUGAGAACCGGUGAAGGUUUUCUUCUUGUAUUUGCUAUUAAUAAUACCAAAUCAUUUGAAGAUAUCAGUAAUUACAGGGAACAGAUAAAACGAGUAAAAGAUGCAGAAGAUGUCCCAAUGGUUUUGGUAGGAAAUAAGUGUGAUUUACAAAGUAGAGCGAUAGAUGUUAAAGCAGCAUCUGAUUUAGCUAAACAAUAUGGUGUACCAUUUAUUGAAACCUCUGCUAAAACGAGACAAGGAGUCGAUGAAGCAUUUUACACUUUGGUCAGAGAAAUUAGGAAAGAUAAAGAACAAAGGUUGCGAGAAAAACGUAAAGCAAAACCAAGAAGGAAACGCAAGCACUGUUACCUCUUUUGAAUAUAAGUGAAACAAAUGGAAUUUUUUUAUUUAAAUUAUAAAAAAGGACCUAACAAGAGUGUCCUUGUCAUAUUUUAAUUAAUGUAAACACACUUUAGGCUCAGGGAAGUGUGUUUUCAUCAUUUAUAAUAUUGUUCAGUUAAAAGCAUGUAUUGAAUAUAUUUAUUUGAAUGAUAAACAAAAAAAAAACAAAUAACUUUUGGAAUCCCGAUCAAUAGAAAUUUAUGUUCAAAGAAAGAACAUUAUACAGAGGACCCCUUUAACAAGUUGACAUCUUGUUUUGAGAUCCGAUUUUAAUAUUGCUAUUUUUAUCGUCUUAUUAUUAAUAAAAAUUUAAAAAUAUAUA